AUGUCGGGUGAGGACGUCACAGAGGUCUAUGACGUCACCACCGUGAGCUCACCUGCAAGCAACAACCUGUAUAACUCAUCUAGCAGCUUAGAGCUUAACGUUAGCUCCGCUCGAUUCUCGCAGCUUAACAACAGCUGUUUCAGGAUAGACUUCGAAGAACCCAACAGUUUCAAAUUUAUUGAGUUUGAAAUAGGAGACGGAUCUAAAAUGGUUGAGGCGGCAUCGUUGGUGUUGCUGAUGGAGACUAUUGAUAUAGAUACGUCCCGCUUCACCGUGGGGGUCAACUUGACCGACCCUGAGGACAGGACGUCGUCCAGCUAUUUCUGUGGUCAGACCAGCUUCUAUACGUCACAGGCCGUCAACAACGUCACGCUUAAGUGUCAGGGGAACCCUACCCAACCGUUCGGGUCGUCUGUCACGUUGUCCGUCAACUCGUCAGCUGUCAGACCGUUAUAUCUGUGUGGUCUGACGCCGUACGGCAUGGUCCAUGAAGGCGGAUGUGGAGAGCCGCUCUACCAGAGAGGCUGGUACCUGGCGACCUUGACCUCGUAUAAUGUCAACGCCGAGGCGGACUUCGAGUGCGCCAGCGGCUUCCAUUACAUUCAAGGUGAAGGUCACAUCAAGUGCCUGGAGUCAAGGUCUUGGACAGUACCCACACUGGUGUGUUCUGAUGACGUCAACUAUGGGUUGAGCGCCGCAGGCAGCAACCUGCAGGACGGCAACCUGACAACCUGCAACAUUUACCUGAGUGGCAGCUCCACCGCGCAGGUGGACUUGGACGACCUGGUGGAGGUUCGUUCACUGACCUUGACCUUUGGGGAUGCCGCACAUCCGAACAUCACUGUCAUGGCCGUCCUGCCUGCAGGUCACCUGCGAGAGUGCAGGAGCCUGCAGGAAACCCUGCACGGGUAUUACGUCCAGUGUCCAGCCUACCCAGUCACCAAACGGCUGAUGAUCACCUUGACCUCACCAGCUAAGCUGUGUGAGGUCAAGGUCUUUGGACGUCUGUUUACAUCAGCCCUCGAGUGCCGACAGACAGACUCUGGCACCGACUACAAAGGUCAGCACAACGUCACCAACAACGGCCAGCCCUGCGCUGAUUGGUCCUUCAUCGCCACCAAGAACUACAACUUCAGCGACUACGAGUUUCCAGACGGCAACAUCAGUGACGUCAGAAACUUCUGCAGAAACCCCAUACUCAAGUCAACGGGUCAACCUCUGACGUCAUACAGACCCAUCUGCUACUACCACAUCCCUGCUCAGUACAUGACAGGGUGGGGCUACUGUGAUCUAUUUGCAUGUAACUCCCCGGGCAAGAGCUACUGUCGGAACCCGGGCGGCUCCCAGGAGAGGCCGUGGUGCUACACCAACACGACGACCUUGACCUACAGCUACUGUGACGUCCCGUAUUGUCCCACCGUCAGCAACACGCAGACCUUGAAGCUGGACCUGAAUCUGACCUCCGACCUUUUGACGCUGAGAGCCACGGUGGCAACCUUGAGGGAGUGCCUGGCCACCCAGUUCGCGGGCGGGGUCUACCACCCGCCCAUCUACGACGCCAUCUUGGGACAGCUGUGUAACGCCAACCUGGGGAAGGUCAAGGAUGUGCUGUGUCACUACAAGAACGACAGCAGCGUCCUUGACCGUGGUGACAGCUCGCAGUGGAUGAGGAUAGAGGUCAAAUGUCCUCCAGAUCCGACGCCGACACCGGGAACAUCCACCGUGCCAGCAUCCACCGUCACAUAUCAGUCAACAACCACCUCGCAGUCGACCUCAAGCCUUCAGUCAACUCCAAGUCUUCAGUCAACAACAGCUCCUGUUUCAACCACUUCAUCCUUUACCAGCACCAACAGUCUGUAUCGGAUGUGUCCAACGACGUGUUCAGUCAAGUGUUUCAACAGCACGGUCGACACGCUGGAGUUCAAGGCCUACGUGGAGGAGGUACGUCAACAGCUGCUUGUAGAGACGGACACCCUCUCAAAGACCAUCCGCAGCAAGACGUCAGCACCGGACCAGCGGCCCUCAGCCCAGGUGACCGGUGGGGUCGCUGUUGCUAUUUUAGUCACCAUCUUCGUCUGUCUAAUUAGCGGGGACGCCGUCUCUGUGAUUUAUUACGUUUACAAGAUUUUAAAAAGCAAAAUUGUUUCGUUUAAAAACUCCUGAAGGUUUUUUUUAACCAACCUACAAGGUUAAGUUCUGUGAGAAAUAUAUUUCAGUAUUAGGGUGAUCCGGGCGAACAUAAAACACUGCAACGGAAUUUUAAAUUGUACAAUAAAAAUACUUCCUUAAAUUCUAAUAAAUUUUCAAUUUAAAAGGAGAAACUUAAGCAAAAUAAAAAAAUCACUUGAA